GUCCUUCUUGACCUCAUGACGAAAAUCGUCUGUCAUGGCGGCGCGCUGGUUACAUGUGAAUACAAAAUGUGUUGAAUAACUCUCAAGGGUAAAUGUUCAGUCAACUCAGCUUGUGGACUAUUUUGACCGCUACAGAUAAUAUAAAUUGUGAGAGCAGUUGUUUUGUGAGUAUAUCACAAAUAACACUGACAAAUGUGCUUGCUUCGUGUUAUUUAGAGAAAGCUAAUCUAAGUAGCAGCUAAGCUUGAUACAGUCUAGAAUGCUUCUAGCUAGGUGGGCAGGCAGGUAGGCAGGCAGUGUCAGCAUUUUCUCCCAAGCUAUUUUGCUUGUAAGUUACAGCUUUUGUAACUCAACUGUCUGUGAACAAAAACGUAAGCCAACUAGUUCACUUAUCCCCGCCUUAUAUGUAUAUUUUACGGUAACGUCGUAUCAGUUGGACGGAUUCUAACAUUAGCGUUAGAAUGAACAACAGAUGCUGUCGCUCAGGAAUUAUAGUUAACGUUUCAACUAACAAGUCAAGUACAUCCUUGUUUACCAUAUGCUACUAACGGGUAAGUAGUUGACUUGAUGUUCAGGCCACAUAACUUAGAUAGUAUAUCGGCUUGGUUAAAGUCUCGGCCACUUACUCAAGCUCAGAAUUUAAAUUCGCAACCCCCUACUUAACAACUUGAGACAUAAUGAAUAUCCGUAAGACAGGUGAGGAGGUAUUCAGGAAAGCCUUGCUUUUUAGCAGGCAUAGACCUCUCUUGGCACAGCUGGGCUCUUUACUCCACAGGGAGCAUACACAUAAUAAAAGGCCAGAACAGAGAUCAGCUUCCUCCUGGAGCUGGAAUCACGUAGUAGGACCUGCUGUCAGCACAGUGAGGUACUACUCUCAAGAUGACCACUUCAGUGAACGUUCAAGGCAACCCCGGGAGUUGCAAAAACCCUCAGAGUCACUGUCAGAACACCAAAAGCCCAACAAGAAGGAGAAGAAGAACCUUUUCUUCCGGCAGCUGGACGAGUGCUCCUCUCCCAGUGAUGUGCUGGAUCUUGUCACUCACAACGCACAGACAUACCGGCGUGUCAGCAACAGCCUUUCGCGCAUUUGGGAGACAACAAAAAAGAUGUCUGAUGAUUAUCGGGGUUACGAGCUGAAGCUGAUGUUUGAACACCAGGGCUUUGAGGAACUGUGCCAGGGGGUCAUCAUCGAGGCUCCAAAGAUGCGGACUGAGGAUAUGGCCUAUAGUCUGCUGGCGCUGGUCAGGCUGGGAGUGCCUCAGCGCAGUAGAGUGGUCCAGAUCCUCCUGAGAGUCAUUCAGGAAAACUUGAACCAUUUUGACGAGCGGUCUCUUUCGGUUCUUGCUGGAGCUUUAGAACUAAUGGACCCACUGCAGAAUGUUGAAGCACUUAAACAAGGGCUCAGGUUGAAGCUGGAGAAUGACAUCUCCCUGAUCAAGAACAUACUUCCCCUUCAGUCAGUUAUGCGUGCAGUAGGGAAGGAGAGUUCAGAUGAACUGAAAAGGAAAUUGGAGAAAAAGGCCCUGGGCAUGGCCAAUGAUUUCACACUUCCCAAUGCGCAAUACAUGCUUGCCUCAAUGGCUAUUAUGGGACUAAACUCAAGGCCCCUGUUGGAAAUUUGCUGUAAGAAGAUAGAGGAAAAUGUACAGGGGAUUCCAUUUUCCAGACUCAUGAUGACCCUAAAGGCAUGUCAGGAUCUGCACUAUAGGAACUAUUCUCUGCUGUCAUCCAUUGCUGAGUAUAUGGCAACCAGCUGUGCCAUGUGGAAAAGUAAACAGGUUAUUUUGCUCCUUUUGGAGUUUGAGAAGCUGCAUUUUCACCCUACCACCCUGAUGGAUAAGUUUGCUGAGCGAGUAAUCCAGAACCCCGAUGCCCUCACGCUUAAAGAUAUCCUCAGCAUCUUGAAAGUCUACUCUCAGCUGAACCACGACCUAGGGGAUCACAAAUCAGAGUUUCUUGAUGGCAUCACACACGCUGUGGAGGCUUAUCUAGAUCGGCUUCACCCAGACAACCUUCUGAAGGCCAUCUACUUCUUGAGCUUGCUAGAGCACUUUCCUGUUCUGCCACUGGAGAGACUCCUUCAGGAGGACACAUUGGAGCAGCUUUUCAGCAAUGACAAUCAGAGAGUCUUGGGUCUAGAGCAGAAACUCCAUGUUGUGGAUAUCUGCCUGCGGCUGGACCAGCCUGCUCUCCCACGUCCCCUGUCUGUUCCUCCCAUCCUGGGUGACUUGCCAGCCCCACCAGCCCUGCCCCCUCCUCUAGACCUCUUCAGCAUGUUGAAAAGCUUGGAAGGAGUGGAGACCGUAGAGGAACACCUGGUUGUGGAGAAGAUAUAUCGUAUAGAUUUUGUGAUCAAUCUCUCAUCUGAAACUUCUCAUGGAGAUAAACCUCUUCAGGAUCAACAUCCUCCUCGAAAGCUGGCAGUGCUGUGUGUCCCCUCCUCUGCCUACUGUUUUGGAACCUCCCAUGUGCGAGGCAGGAUGGCCAUGCAAACUCGCCACCUGAGAAUCCUGGGCUACUCUCCUGUGCUGGUGCCCGUGCAAGAGUUGGUCCUGCUGCCAGAGGAGCAGAGGUCCGAGAUGCUGGAGAGGCUGGUGUUUCCCGAACGAGGAGAGGCGGGAGUGGAGACCGCUGCCACUCUGCGGUCAGGAGACGAGUGAGGUGUUGCGCUGUGACUGUGCAGUGUUCCUCGAGGGAUCAACGAGUGCAACGCUAGGAGACCUUGGGCUUCUCUUUUCCUGAAGACCUGGUGGAAUAGAUGCUUCCAGAGGAAGCAUUGUUUUGAAGAUCUUGAUGAUGACAUCACGUGUCAUAAUUUUGUGUAUACCUCAAUAUAUGUUUUGCCUUAAGAAACAACCAUUACAGCUAUUACCAGGGACCACAUAUGGUCUGGGGAAAAAACUCCCUUAAAAAGGGAUCUGUUUAUUUACAAUAUCACUGAAUUGGUCUUUUAAAAACUAAAUAGUGCAUGGUGAUGUAUUGCUUGUUAUUAUUGUGGCUUGUAUUUCAGCAUCAAAUUGUUGUCAUUCAGAUUGUUAUUUAGACUAAUACAACACAAAUAACUGCACACUGAAAAGGUUCUGUGAAAACAGACCAGUUUUUCCAGGAUUAAAGGGUGAUAUAACCAGUUUCAUAA